AUGAUGAAUGAUUCAGAUAUAAUUCGUGUUUAUAUACCUAACAGAUCACCAAAGAAUGUGCGAUUUAACAUGAAAACAACAGUCAAACGUAUAAUAAGUACCGUAUUAACAGCAUUGGAUAUUGAUAAGGUAUCAUUCAACAAUUAUGCUCUACGGCUUGUUGAAUCCACGAAUAAUCAACUGAUUUCUGAUGAAUCAUAUUGGUUGCACAAUGAUUAUAAUAUGAAUAUUAUUAAAUUAUUAUAUUUCAAUAAUACAAUAAAUUCAAAAAAAUUCAGAUUUGAAUUACGUUUGCGAUUCAUUCCAAUGAAUUUGCAAGAAAUGUAUCAAACACAAAUGGAUUCAUUCGAAUUUCUUUACCAUCAGGUUUUCGCUGAUUAUCUUAUGCAGAUUUCGUGGAAACUACCAAAUGAAACGGUUUUGGAACUAGCUGCUUUGGAGUUGCGAAGAAAAUAUGGCAGUAUUUCUCAGUGUUCUGUGGAAAAAUGUAUAAAUUAUGAUGAAUUAGAGGCGAAUGGUGAAUUGUCUCGAUUGGUACCUGAAUCCGUUAUUAUUAAGUUAAAGCCAAAAUAUCUUCGAAAAACUCUAAUUUCUGGUGUAAAGAAGAAUUUAUCGUUAUCGCCAACUGAAUGUAUGUUUCGUUUCAUGGAAAUUAUUUUAAAAGUUACUCAGUUUGAUGUGGAAAUUUUCAAAGCUUCACUUGGUGCUGGUUGGUCUUCACCGGUCGAUCUUAUAGUUGGUAUGAAAAUGAAUAUAUCAUAUGACACUGCUGAUCGUUGUACUCCAUCAUUGCUUACCAAGUUGCAGUAUAUUGUAGAUAUAAAUGUAACGAGACUUAAUGAAAAUUCGGAAGCUGCUGUUGUUAAUUUAAAACUAACAGGAACGCCAGAACCUUUUUCAUCAUUUGCACUUUGUCCAAAGGCAAACACUGAAGUUUUCGAAAAUAUUUUGAUUAGUGAUGAAUAUAAUUUUCUGAAUGGUUUGCUUCAAACAAUUCCAGGUCAAGAAAUGCGGAUCAAUCGUUCAAAUGUAAUUUUAGAGCAAUUACUAGGUGAUGGCCAAUUUGGAAAUGUUUAUCGUGGAAGUUAUACAAAGAAUGAUGGUAGUAUAUUAUCAGUUGCGGUGAAAGUUUGUAAAAUUGACAGUGAGCCAUCGGAAAUGCAGGGUUUUUUAGAAGAAGCACUUGUAAUGAAUCGAUUUCAUCAUCCUCAUAUAGUUAAAUUAAUCGGUGCUUGCAUGGAACUACCAAUAUGGAUUAUUAUGGAAUUGGCUUCCUAUGGCGAGCUUCGGCAAUAUUUGAUAAAGAAUAGUGUUCUCGUAGACUUCUCGAUUCAACUGACAUUUAGCGCUCAGUUAAGCUCUGCAAUUCUUUAUUUACAUUCUUGCAAUUACGUACAUCGUGAUAUUGCUAUUCGAAAUGUGCUCGUAUCAACCCCACAUUGCAUAAAACUUUCUGAUUUUGGUUUAAGCCGAUGUCUCGAUCAGGAAUCCUUUUAUACAUCAACCAAAGGUAAACUUCCAAUAAAAUGGAUGGCACCAGAGUCAAUAUGUUAUCGACGUUUUAAUAAGGCAACAGACGUUUGGAUGCUUGGCAACAGGCUUCUUAACGAAGGUAAUAGUUUGCUCUCUAUAUCAGAAUUUCGAAAUAUUCCAGGAGUAUGCAUUUGGGAGAUUCUUAUGUUUGGAAUGAAGCCUUGGAAAAAUAUACGAAAUCAUGAUGUCUUCGGCUGUUUAGAAAAUAAUGAGCGACUUCUAAUGCCAGAUAAUUGCCCGCAGCCCCUUUACAAUUUGCUGCUAAGUAUGUGGUCGUUUGAUGCGGAAAAGAGGCCAGUGGUACUUGAAGUUAAUCAUUUUCUUAAUUAUUUACUGGAACAAAUUGAUUUACGAGUGCCAUAUGAUCAGCUUAAAGCACCGCUUGAAAAAGUAUUCAUUGGCAAAUCGGCAAAUAAUGUUGGCGAUGAUAAUCAUUUCAAUAAUUUUAAAAAUUUCAAUUCUCUUGAUAUACCUCAUGUUUUAAAAGUUGACUCAUCAUUAAUUCCAACGUCAAUGCUUUGGAGAACUCUUGAACAACAAAGGAUUCAAUCCGAACAAGAUGGUCGUUGGCUUGAAGAAGAAGAAAAAAUGUUUCCACAGUUAACAACCUCGCUAGCAAGGACAUCUGAUGAGCUGAAUUUAUCUGAAAAUCAAGUACUCUUAAGUGAAUCUGGCAAACUGCCUUAUGGAUUUGAGUUUGACCGAUCAUGCGAUACCAUUCAUCAAGCAGUGUUGAAAGUUGUUACAGCUGUAUCGAAUCUUUCAAAGUCUUAUUCUCCAAAUAUAGCAAUGGAUCGCUUUGUUUAUCUCGUUAAGAACAUCACAAAAGAAUUGGAAAACUUAUUUGCUGAAUCGUGUCAAUGUAAGAAAAAACUGCAACGGUUAGAUCAACGGCAAGUGCAACUGGUUGAGACAUUGCUUGGUUCGGAUAUGGGAAAUCUAACAAGGACAAUGAAAAAGGCAUUAAAUUCAUCAAAUACUCGGGUUAUCAUUAGUGAAGAUUAUAUACUUGCAUUUCGCGAAGUUCUUAAAAUAUCUCAUCGUUUAGCAUUAAACAGUAAACAUUUUCUCGAUUCAGUGGACAGUGCACGACUUAGAAACCAAAUUGCACAUCUUAAAAAAAAAGAAAUUUAG